CUUCGUCCGGACAGAUAAACGAUUAUUUUCAUUUUGAACUUGGCGGGUUUCCUCAAAACCCUAAACCCCUGCACCUCCUGCAACACCUUUUUUUUCUUUUUUUUUUUUUUUUCAGAUUAGGGUUUUACUACAUCCCUCUCAUGCAAAUCCUUGACAUGAAAGCCGUAAGGUCAUGCUGCACACACAAACACUUUUUCUUCUUAAACCCCACAAGAACCCUCAGGCCUUUCUCCCUGCAUCACCGUCAAUUCCAUCCCACCUCCCAUCGUUUCUGCGCCGGAGAGUCCGCUCUUGGUUCCCACUCCUCCAUAACCGACUCUGAUUCUGGCGAGACAAGGAACGGUAAUGGUACUGAGAGUGCCCGUCAAGUUUGGAGUAUUUAUGGUUCAGUCUCGUCGAGCAUAAAUAAGGGCGAUGAGCAAGAAUUCAAGCCUGGAUUGUCAAAUUUCUCAACGGAAUUUGUGGGUACCGAUGUAGAGAGGACUUAUGGGUGCGCGAGAAAGGGAAAUUUGAGUGAAGGGGACAGUGUUCAUUUGGACUUGGAGAGUUCUGACGAAGAAAUAAACAAUUUAUCGAAGGAAAACAUUUAUAGCGGUUUGAAGACAGAGAAAUUGAGUGAUAGAGACAAAAUCCGGAUGGGGUUAGUGCAUUAUAGUCAUGAAAAUGAGGAUUUUCUGAACGAAAAGAGGUAUGGGGGUUUGAAGAAGACCGAUUUGCUCAAGGAAGUGGGAGCUGGGAAGAUAGUUGGGAGUAGAAAGAAGGGAAAGAGUAAAAUUAUUUAUGUUUGCGAGAAUUGUGGGUAUGAAGAUGGGCAAUGGUGGGGAAUCUGUCGAGAAUGUCGCCUGGCAGGAACAAUGAAGCAGUUUAUAGAAAGGGAUGUUGGGAGUGCGGGUAAAGUAAGUGGGAUGGGGGUUUCUGAAAAUGCAGUGCGGUCUUGGCUACCACAGAAAGUUGGUGACGCACAACCGUUGAAGUUGAAAGAUGUGAACCAGAAGAUGGAUCAGUUGAAUUGGAGGAUUCCUUUGCCUGGACUCUUUGGAAGUGAAGUUGCUAGGGUACUUGGUGGUGGUCUUGUUCCAGGUUCUUUGAUUUUGGUUGGUGGUGAUCCUGGUGUUGGCAAGAGCACCCUGUUAUUGCAGAUUGCUGCAAUAAUUGCUGAAGGACAAGACAUAGGCAAACAAACUCCAGUUGUGUAUGUCUCUGGAGAAGAGAGUAUUGAGCAAAUUGUUAACAGGGCCGACCGCAUAAGGAUUGGAGUGGAAGAAAUAUUUUUGUAUUCAAGUACUGAUAUUGAGGACAUAUUAGGGAAAAUUCAGCCUCUAUUCCCCCGUGCUCUAAUUAUUGAUUCAAUUCAAACAGUUUAUAUACAAGGAGUCACUGGAAGUGCUGGAGGAUUGUCUCAGGUUAAGGAAUGCACAUCAGCUUUGCUGCGUUUUGCCAAGAAGACAAAAAUACCAGUUCUUUUGAUUGGACAUGUGACCAAAUCUGGAGAUAUAGCAGGGCCUCGGGUCUUGGAGCACAUCGUUGAUGUUGUUUUAUAUUUGGAAGGUGAGAAGCAUUCAACUCAUCGCUUACUUCGGCCUGUGAAGAAUCGCUUUGGAUCUACUGAUGAGCUUGGAGUAUUUGAAAUGUCACAAUCAGGUCUGCAAGCUGUUUCAAAUCCAAGUGAGAUAUUCUUAAGUGAGCAGUACUUGGGUUCAGAGAUUUUAGUUGGGCUAGCUGUUGCAGUAAUAAUGGAUGGAUCUCGAAGUUUCCUUCUUGAAAUUCAGGCUUUAUGUGCCACUGGUUCAUCAGUUUCAAGGCAUGUUAAUGGGGUACAAGCUAGCAGAGCUGACAUGAUUAUAUCAGUGAGUGAUUUAAGGUUCUUAAGAAGCAAGCUGGUUUAAUGCUCCAAGAGAACGUAAGUCAAUAUCUACAUUCUACAUAUCCUUCUCUUUGGAAAUAUUUUGUGUGUGUUGGUUUUCUAUUUGCCUGUUCUAAAAGAUACUUGUAAGGCUUGAAUUUGGUUUUCCUUUUUCCUGUGUUUAAUUUUCUUCAAGCUUUAAAGUUUUGAAACAGGGAUGACAUAAAGAUUGGCAUCAUUGCCUUUUUUCUUAAAGAUGGAAAUAGAAAAUUAUGGAAAUAUACAGAAAUGUAGAAUGCAUUGUACUAGUUGCUGUACAAGGCAAUUUGUAGUGUCUUUUUCUUUCAUCAUCUUCUUCCAGUUUAUGGUACUGUCAAUGAAUUUACGAAUAUGUGUGAAGGAAGUGAGUAAUGUGAAGAAGAAGAGCAGAAUCACAGGCAAAAUUUCAAGUUUAGACUGAAAUAUGCAUAGUAUAUAAUUUUGUUUAAGAACUUAUGAUAGAAUGCACUUGCACAAUGCUACAAUAUUAACUUUCUGUCUCAUUUUUUUUGCGUGGUAGAAAAAUGGUUUUAAGUGAAGUAUGUUGGAAUGGUUGUGAUUUUAUGUUUUGUUUGCAUCAAUUUUAGCAAUAUUGAAGAUAUUUUAGUUAAAAAUCAUUGUGAUUAACUAUUUUUAUUCCUUUUUUGCAUUAGAGUAUCUUUUUAAAUGUUGUUAGUGGAGUGACAUUGACUGAGACUGCUGGAGAUCUUGCAAUAGCAGCUGCAAUUUG